GCGGGGGGGCGGGGAUAGCCCAAAUUUUUCCAAUUCUAUGUGAAAUGUGGGAGCUCUGAGAGCCCCCUAAUCCUACAGAAUUUCCUCCCCAUCUCCUGCCGUGUUUGCUGUGCUGUGGGGGCUCCGUGCUGUGGGGGCUCCCCCAGUGUUUUGGGGGUGUUUGAGGGUGUUCUGGGGGUGCUGCAGUGGCUCCAGCCGGGCAGUCCCUGCGGCACAUCCUGGAUGGAGCCGCAGGAGGUGGGUUGGAGUUGCCUCGGUAACGUUCGUGCUGCCGCAGGGACAUUCCCGGUCCCUAAACUGGGAAAAACAGCCCUGGCUUUGCAGGAGGACGAGGGCUAUUCGGAGUCUCCAGACCUGGAGUUUGAAUAUGCAGACACGGAUAAAUGGGCAGCAGAGCUGUCAGAGCUUUACAGCUACACAGAGGGGCCAGAAUUCCUGCUCAACCGAAAGUGCUUCGAGGAGGACUUCAGGAUCCACAGUAAGAGUUUUUCCAUGGAUCUAUCACCCCUGGGGAGGGACAGGGAUCUCUCUUCCUGGAGAAGAGGAGCCUGAGGGCAGAGCUCAUUGGGAUCUGCAGCUUCCUGGGAUGGGCAGCUCCGAUUCUGCUCGGGGUGAGCAGGGACAGCACCCAGGGAAUGGCUGGA